GUUAACAAGUUGUUAUAGUUCAAAUUAACAGAUAAUAGUUUUAUUUAUAUUUUAGUAUUUUAUAUUGAAUACAGGAAUAGGUUUUUCCUGAUGGCUUAUAUUAAUAAGAAAUUAGAAUCGAAAUCGAUGUUCAUUAUUUUUUUUUAAAUUUUAUUUUAUAUUUAAAUUUUAAUAAUGUGUGAGAUUACUUGUGAGAAUUUUUAUUCCACAUUACCGGUCAUCGAAGACGCAAUCAAAAAAUCUGCUUUUAUUAGCUUAGAUAUGGAAUUUUCCAAAUUAUAUGACAAUGUAUCAAAACCGUUUAGUUUAUUUGAUACGACUGAAGAACGAUAUAAAAAAUUGCGCCAACAAGUAUCUGAUAUAACCUGUAUACAGUUAGGUAUAGCCAUUUAUGUUUAUGAUGCCGAUCACAGAACAUUUAAUAUGAGUACUUACUCAUUUUAUACCUACCCUCAGACAUUUUAUAAAUCUGAUAGUGUGGUAAAUUUUCAAACAUCAUGUGUUGAAUUUUUAUGUAAACAUAAUUUUGAUUUUAAUAAGUUGUUUCAUAGCAGAGUACCAUAUUUAACUAAUGAACAAGAAUUAAAAAUAAAGUCAGAAAUGUUGGAUGAAUUAUUUUUUGAUAAAUAUUUUGAAACUAAUUUAAAAUUUCGUUCUAUUGAAGAAGAAUUGAUGAAAAUUUUAAAAAUUGUUUCUGAAUGGUAUGAUACAGCCAACUAUGGAGAGCAGACAUUUUUAGAAAUAAAUGGAUGCAAUGAACCUGCAUAUAUUAUCCUAAUGCAAUAUUAUCUUCUGAAAAAGUUAAAAUAUAUACUUAUAGAUGAAAGUCAUUUAGGAUUAAAUAUUACAAAAAUAAAAGGUAAUACAAACUCGGAAACAUUAAACAGUUCAAUUUACGAAAAUUUAAAACUAAAUUUAUUAAAUAAAAUGAUGGGUAUCAAGUAUUUAAUAACACUAAUAUCAAAGUUGAAAAAACCAUUAAUUGGGCAUAACUGUGCUUUGGAUAUUUUAAUUUUAUCCAACCAAUUUUUCACACCCUUACCUGAAAACUUCAAAGAUUUCCAAAAUUUUGUAUCUAACAAUUUUGGUCCAAUUUAUGAUACUAAAUUAUUAUGUAAGGAAGUGAAACGUAUAGUAUCUAAAAAUGAUAAGUGGAUGGGAAGUUCUCUCUCAGAAAUAUAUUCAUAUUUAAAAGAUGGAGAGGGUAAAAGAUAUUCAAAUAAUAUGCAUAUUCAACUGACUGGUAUUGAAGAACCUCAAAACAUGAAAUUACACCAUGCUGGGUGGGAUGCCUAUUAUACUGGUUAUUGUUUUAUUAAAAUGAUUCACAUUAUUAAAAGCUUUUCUUGUAAAACUGAAGAAACAAAUAUAAGAUAUACUUUAACAGAACUUUUGAAAUCAAUAGAAUUUUCUAAAAACAAAUUAUUCACCAGUCGAUCAAUGUCAAAUAUUUUGGAUUUGGAAGCUGAUGACCACCAUAAUCAGACAAAUUAUUUAAUUAUUCAGAAUAAAGGAACUUUUUAUAAAGCUUUGGAUUUAAAAAAACUUAAACAUGAUCUCAAACAAAUUUGUAAUUUUGAUUUAAAAUUACUUUCAAACUAUACUGCAUUGGUUGCCUUCCCUUUCAUGCAUAGCCGUAUCAUUUAUAAACUAAAGACAAACUACAGCGUACAAAAUUAUUCAAAAUACCAAAAGAAAAAAAGAAACAAACAAAUUAUUGGCUUCGGUUUAGCUAUAAUAACUACUUGUGUAACAAUUAUAAAAUAUUUAAGGAAAUAAUUAAAGAUUUAAGUGUUAGUUUGCGGUGGUUGUUUCUGGACACCAAGAACACGAACAGACGAACAUCUGCCGUGAUAAUGAAGACUUGAAGGUUGGAACAAGUUCAAGCAUCGACAGCAAUCUAUAAACUAUAAUAUUAUAUUAUUAUAUUUAUAGGUAUAUUAUGUUUAUGUACUCUGUGGCCUUAGAUAUACCAACUGUGUAUAUAGCCUGUAAAAUAAAGUAGUUUCAACUUUUAUUACUCUAAGCAGUAAGUUGCAAAUUGCAAUGCAACCAACAAUAAAAAUAAUACACAUAUUUUAUAAUAUUCUACGAUUUCAAACGUGAUUUAAAAUAGGUACUGUUCCUAGACUCCUAGUUAGUAGUUAUUUUCAACUUAAAAUAACUAUUGUGCCAUUGCUUAUGAUUAUGAAUAUUGUAAUGUAAUUUAAUUAUGUUAACAACAUUUUAACAUACCUAAUCAAAGAAUACAGAAAGGUUACAUACUUACAUGUACCUAUAGAUAUUUUUAUUGUAUAUUACUCAAUAUUAGUAUAUAAGAUAUAACUAUUACUAUUGAGGGCAUUUUAACCUUUAAAUAGUCUAAAUUCUAACGUAAUGUUGUCUUAUGAUUAGGGAUUACUGGCUUGGGGGCAACGUAACCUUGAAUGAACGAUGAUUAUAUUUAAUGGCGUGGUUAUUUUAGCUAAUGUUCAAUUAACUAAUUAACAAACUAACUACGGAAAUUGUUUAUAAAAAGUGAGCAAGUGUGUACCACAGCUGUACAACGUAUAUACAAUAUACAGUAGGUGUCUAUAGUAGUUCCCAACAAUGGAUGUGUUAAAUUUGAAUUCAAUAAUCUAUUGCUUUAUCAUUAUAUACAAAAAACAAUUCUGAGUGGAAGCAG